CAACAAGCGACCACAACACAUAACACCAUCGCUCGCCCUGCGCGAUACAGCACUCAACUCUCUUGUUGGAUCUGGGAGGUACUGUUCCCGGGACAAGGCCUCGUUCUGCAACCGGGAUAUUGGACACCUACGCGCCGGAUUCAAGAGGCACAAGCCGAACCACAAAUGCCACCCCGAGUGUCGAUGAAGCUGCAAUGAUCGCUUUGCACUCCUAUACAUAUUCGCGGCCUCUGACAACCCUCAUGCGGCAGCGGUAACGCAGCAGACCGGCUCGAUGUCCUCUGACCGCACCACCCACCCUCAGCGUCCACCACUCAAGCCCUCCCUGUCCUCGAAUCGUACCGCUCGAGUCCCUGUCGCACCUCGAGUCGCCGCCCCAAAUGCCACUGUUUCGGUGAAAGCUGUUGCUUCUCAGCCCGUAUCGACUGUGAGAUCAGACCCCCCGGGCUCCCGGGUGAGACAGACGCCGACUCCCGUCAAGGAUGUCUUUGCAAAUGGCAACAUCACCCCGCGCUCGUCUGCGCGGUCUUCGCGGCCGGGCAGCGCCAGUGCUUCUCCCAUGGGCACACCUAGGCAGAAUCCAGUGGUCGCGGCUGGCGCAGGCGAGAAGAGAGGAUACUUUGUCGCGAGGGAAGGCACAGCGGGCAGCAAACCUCAAAGUAUGGUUGGAGAUGGUGGACGGGCACAGUCGCCUUUGGUCAGAUCGCCGACACUGUCUGACUUGAGUCCGCCGUCAGAGAGCAGGAGUUUUGAAAGCCGCUUCUUCCAUGCUAGCGAUGUGGCGAGUCAGGAGCCCGUGGUCAAGAAGCCGGAGCCGCCCAAGAAGGCGCAAUUCUUCCACGCGGAUGGCAUGCAGGAGGCGGAGAGUUUCUCGCCGGCCGCUGCUUCGUCGUCUCCUGUUCUAUCUGCAGUCUCUGAGCAAAAGUCGCAUGGCCCAUGGGUGCGGGCGGAGAAUGCGGCGCCGGGACCUAAAAGUCCCCCGCCGAUAUUAUCACCCGCGCUGAGCGCUCUGUCGGCCACGUCGCCAUUCUUUGCACCCGCCAGUCCUAUUUUACCAGGCCAAAGACGCUCGCCAUCGCCCAGUAAGGAAAAUAUUCACCUCUCGUACCGGAAAGGCGUGUCGCAAAUCAUCGGAACGAGACCAACCCCGGCCCCUCGAUCAACCAUCACAAGCGCCGACAACGUCCAGCUCGCUUCCCUGCACGAGCGGCAAGGCAGCACAGGUCCUACUGCCGCAAGUGUGGGCCAACACACAAAAUCGUUAAGUGUGUCCUCCGCACGACCGCCCAGCGCAUUCUCAGGACAUCGAAAAUCUACAACAAUAGAAGACACGGACCCUCUAGCAUCUCCCCUCAUCCACGAGAUCAAAGCCGUGUCUCCUUCAUGGGCUCCCAAACCCCAAUCAGACUUACCUUCCAUCGACACAUCCCUCGAGUCGCCGGGCAGCCUACCUCGCUCCGAAUCACUCACCUCGACCAAAGCCGUGUCCGAAUUAGCAGCAGAGGCUCGACGGGAGCGGAAAGUGCUCGAUCUUGAGAUUUCCAACAGCUCCCUUCUAGCCAUCAACGCAAGUCUCGAGCGAGAAGUACGCCGGCAAAGGGCAGAGUUGAAGAGCUUCCGCCGCCUCUCCCGCGCCGGUCGCUUCUCCUUCGCCCCCGCCGACAGAGGCGGAUCAGGAUCCGCAGAUCUCGGCGCACUAGCAGAAGAAGACGAAGAAGACGGGGACAACAUGUCCGACGGCGACCUAGACGACCUAAGCUCCGACGACGAAGACGAAAGCACCCUCUCCUCCGGCGAACCGCUCAGUCUCUCCGCCCAAGACCGCCUAGCGAAAGACGAAAAGCGCCUCAACGCCGAUUUGGAAAAACACCGCGAACUCCUCGUGCAGAGCCAGGCGAUGAACCAGUCGCUCAAACGCUGCAUGUAUGCCACCGAAGACAUGAUUCGCGAGGGCAAGAAGGCGCUCGAGUACCAUGUGCGCGUCUCGGAUGUUAAGCUCGGUGGCCGCGUGCUGAGUACGCAUGAUGAUGGCGAGGUGGACAGGAGGGAGAUUGAAGUCGCGGAUGAAGCGGAGGGCGAUGAUUCCGUUGCCCAGGCGAGGACCUUCUUAGACACAUGGACGAAUGUCGGGGAAGCGAGUGUCGGCAGCAGCGAAGGCGGCGAUCGCGACUCGGGGAUUGAAGUCGAUCGCCUACUCGCUUCGGCGGGGACCAAGGGCGCAGGCAAUCCAUUCGCAACCGAGCCCGGCCGCCCGCCUGGCCUUGUGGAUCUCGGGAGGUUUGGGAGUUUCUCGUAGAAUGGGAGACGCUGGCCGCUGCCUUCUGCUUGAAGGCCUGGUUGUUGAUGUCGGUUGCAUGGGCUGGGCUUGGAUGGAUUGCUCCUCGUGAUACCCUCUUUCGUUUACUCUUUUUGGCGUGUAGGAUAUACCCCCUGUCGAGAGCAAGGUUAGAUGAUGAAGUGUUUCUGCAUUUUCCACUCUACAAUCUUGACUGCCUUUCGAUUCAUUGGCUUUAAGUAUUA